AUGCGUUUACACCUCAAUUCGCUAUUAAUAACGUUGUACUUAUCGGGAGCAAAUGCAUGGAAAUGUGGAAUUGGACCUGUCAGUGGUGCGGUAUCGUACAUAAUCGCAUUUCCAUCAGAUUCGGCAGGAGUCGAUAAAUGCUGUGUUGACCAUGACACUCUCAUCGAUAGUCUUCAUGUACCUAGAGAUGAAGCCGACCGUAUAUUCUGCCAGUGCCUGUCUGAUCAUAGCAGAUGGUACGUUCGUAACAUAGUAAAACCAUUAUUCUGCACUUCUGUAACGCUGUACACAAAAUGGUUCACGUGA